CCAGCCACGCGCCCCGAGCCCGCCAGCAUGAGCUACACGCUUGACUCGCUGGGCAACCCGUCCGCCUACCGGCGGGUGACCGAAACCCGCUCGAGCUUCAGCCGGGUGAGCGGCUCGCCGUCCAGCGGCUUCCGCUCGCAGUCGUGGUCGCGGAGCUCACCCAGCACCGUGUCCUCGUCCUACAAGCGCAGCGCGCUGGCCCCGCGGCUCGCCUACAGCGCGGCCGUGCUCAGCUCGGCCGAGAGCAGCCUCGACUUCAGCCAGUCCUCGUCCCUGCUCAACGGCGGCGCCGGGCCCGGCGGCGACUACAAGCUGGCCCGCUCCAACGAGAAGGAGCAGCUGCAGGGGCUCAACGACCGCUUCGCCGGCUACAUCGAGAAGGUGCACUACCUGGAGCAGCAGAACAAGGAGAUCGAGGCCGAGAUCCAGGCGCUGCGGCAGAAGCAGGCUACGCAGGCCCAGCUGAGCGAUGCGUACGACCAGGAGAUCCGCGAGCUGCGCACCACGCUGGAGAUGGUGAACCACGAGAAGGCGCAGGUCCAGCUCGACUCGGACCACCUGGAGGAAGACAUCCACCGGCUCAAGGAGCGCUUCGAGGAGGAGGCGCGGCUACGCGACGACACCGAGGCGGCCAUCCGGGCGCUGCGCAAAGACAUCGAGGAGUCAUCGAUGGUCAAGGUGGAGCUGGACAAGAAGGUGCAGUCGCUGCAGGAUGAGGUGGCCUUCCUGCGGAGCAACCACGAAGAGGAGGUGGCCGACCUGCUGGCCCAGAUCCAGGCGUCGCACAUCACGGUGGAGCGCAAAGACUACCUGAAGACGGACAUCUCGUCGGCGCUGAAGGAGAUCCGCUCCCAGCUCGAGUGCCACUCGGAUCAGAACAUGCACCAGGCCGAGGAGUGGUUCAAGUGCCGCUACGCCAAGCUCACCGAGGCGGCCGAGCAGAACAAGGAAGCCAUACGCUCCGCCAAGGAAGAGAUCGCCGAGUACCGGCGCCAGCUGCAGUCCAAGAGUAUCGAGCUCGAGUCGGUGCGCGGCACCAAGGAGUCCCUGGAGCGGCAGCUCAACGACAUCGAGGAGCGCCACAACCACGACCUUAGCAGCUACCAGGAUACCAUCCAGCAAUUGGAAAAUGAGCUUCGGGGCACUAAGUGGGAAAUGGCUCGUCAUCUGCGAGAAUACCAGGAUCUCCUCAAUGUCAAGAUGGCUCUGGAUAUCGAAAUUGCCGCCUACAGAAAACUCCUGGAGGGUGAAGAGACCAGAUUUAGCACAUUUUCAGGAAGCAUCACUGGGCCCAUAUAUACACACCGACAGCCCUCAAUCACAAUAUCCAGCAAAAUCCAAAAAACCAAAGUAGAGGCUCCCAAGCUAAAGGUUCAACACAAAUUUGUUGAGGAAAUCAUAGAAGAAACCAAAGUCGAAGAUGAGAAGUCAGAAAUGGAAGAUGCCUUGACAGCCAUUGCAGAGGAACUGGGUGUUUCCAUGAAGGAAGAAGCAAAAGAAGAGACAGAAGAAAAGGAAGAGGAACAAGACACUGAGGAAGAAGUGGUAGCUACCAAAAAAUCUCCAGUGAAAGCUAUGGCACCAGAAUUUAAAGAAGGGGAAAAGGAGGAGGAAGAAGAAGGCCAAGAGGAAGAAGAGGAGGAGGAAGAUGAAGGUGCAAAAUCAGACCAGGCUGAAGAAGGAGGGUCUGAGAAGGAAGGUUCUAGUGAAAAAGAAGAAGGUGAGCAGGAAGAAGAAGAAGUGGAGGCUGAAGGAGGAGAGGAAACUGCAGCAAAGGAUGAAAAGAAACCAGAGGAGAAGACUGAAGUCGUGGCUGCUAAAGAGUUAGUGGUAGAAAAAUCAGAGAAAGCCAAAUCACCAAUGCCCAAAUCACCCGUGGAAGAAGUGAAACCCAAAGCAGAAGCUGGAAAAAGUGAACAGAAAGAGGAAGAAGGAAAGAAAGAAGUAAAGGAAACUCCCAAAGAAGAGAAGGCAGAGAAAAAGGAGGAGAAGCCAAAAGAUGUGCCAGAGAAGAAAGCUGAGUCUCCAGCAAAGGAGAAAGCUGAGUCUCCGGUAAAGGAAAAGUCAGAAUCCCCAGUGAAGGAGAAAGCAGAAUCUCCAGUGAAGGAGAAAGCAGAAUCUCCAGUGAAGGAGAAAGCAGAAUCUCCAGUGAAGGAGAAAGCAGAAUCUCCAGCAAAAGAGAAAGCUGAGUCUCCAGUAAAGGAAAAGGCUGAAUCCCCAGUAAAGGAAAAGGCUCAAUCCCCAGUGAAGGAAAAAGCUGAAUCCCCAGUAAAGGAAAAGGCUGAAUCCCCAGUAAAGGAAAAGGCUCAAUCCCCAGUGAAGGAAAAAGCUGAAUCCCCAGUAAAGGAAAAGGCUGAAUCCCCAGUAAAGGAAAAGGCUGAAUCCCCAGUAAAGGAGAAGGUUGUGGAGGAGGUGGUCACCAUAACCAAAUCAGUAAAGGUGAGCUUAGAGAAAGAGGCCAAAGAGGAGAAGCCGCAGAAGCAGAAGGAGAAAGCAGAUGAGAAAGGAGGAAGUGAGGAGGAAGGCAGUGAUCAGGGUUCCAAGGGCUCAGCAAAGGAAGACAUAGCUGUAAAUGGGGAGGUAGAAGGCAAGGAGGGGGAAGAACAGGAAACAAAGGAGAAAGGUAGUGGAGGUGAAGAGGAGAAAGGGGUCAUCACCAAUGGGCUAGACUUGAGCCCAGCUGAUGAAAAGAAGGGGGAUGACAGGAGUGAGGAAAAAGUGGUGGUAACCAAGACAGUAGAAAAAAUCACCAGUGAGGGGGGAGAUGGUGCUACCAAAUACAUUACCAAAUCUGUAACCGUCACUCAAAAGGUCGAAGAGCAUGAAGAGACCUUUGAGGAGAAACUAGUGUCUACUAAAAAGGUAGAGAAGGUUACUUCACAUGCCAUAGUAAAGGAAGUCACCCAGAGUGACUAAUCCUUGAGUCCAUUGCAAAAGGUUAAGCCAUAUGACAAUUUCAAAAUGCAUGUGAUUGACAGCUUCAAACCAGAAUGGGUUCUCCCAUGAGGGCUCCAGACAUUGUAUUUUACUUUGUGCAAUAUGAGGGAACUGCAUGCAAACUCAGAGUGCUCCCUCCUCAGUCUUUGGGGGAUUCAAACGCAUGAUAUUGAAUGUACCUGAGGAAUUGGCUGAUUUCCUAAACUGUUGGAAGGGGGGCACUCAGAGGGAUAUAUUGAGAUGUAUUAUGCACAGAACCAACUGAGCCAAAAAAUAAUAAUAAAUGAAACAGAACUCUCUUAGCCUUAAGAAAGCUAUAUAAGAAUAAUUAUGUUUACCUCACUGGUGCAUUUAAAAUGGACUUUUGUUCAUGGGAGAACCUUGCUGACAUGCACAGUUUGCAGCCUUCUGUUGAUUGAUGUUUAAUGUCACAGCAGUCCUUGCUCAAUAAAGGUCAUAUUGGAAACAUAA